CUAAAACGUUGUGCAUCAUGGGUAAUCUAAGAUGGCGAUAUUUGUGUAGUGUCAGAAAAUUUUAAUUUGCGAAAAGUGAGAUAUUAUUGUGUCAAUUUGGGCCAGUACAUGGGUUUUUCUUCUAAUAAAGAUCAGUUAUAAAAUGAAGAAGAUUAUCUGUUUCAUCUAGUUUAAUAGAGGAAUGUUGGUGUAAUUUAUGAACUGAAGCUUUUACUUGACAAGAAUGGAGCAAGAGGAUAAUUUUGGAGGAACGGAUCAACAGGAAGAAGAAGAGGAGGAGGGUGAAAUCGAAGGAUAUGAUGGAGAAGAAACAAUGGAAGAUUCUGAGAUUCAAGAUGGCAAUGAUGAAGAAAUAGAAGAAGAUGAUGAGGAUGAAGACGAAGAGGAUGAAGACGAAGAAGAAGAAGAAGUUGAUGGAGAUGAAGAAGAUGAAGAAGAUGGUGAUCUAGAAGAAGGUGAAGAGCUCGACGAUGAUGAAGAUGAUCUUGAAGAUAAUGAAGAAGAUGAAGAGGAAGCAGAUGAAGGGGAAUGGGAAGCCUUCGAUGACGAUUCUGAUGAGAAGUGCCCAGUUUGUCUUGACAGCUUCUUUGAUAAAGACGUUGGAACUCCAGAGAGCUGUGAUCAUGUCUUCUGUCUGGAUUGCAUCUUGGAAUGGAGUCGGAAUAUCAACACUUGCCCAGUUGAUCGUAGUUUAUAUCGUUCCAUUUUGGUGAGAAACUCGUACGAUGGUGAAGUUGUCCGAAGGAUUGAGGUGGACCAGAGAAAACCAAAGGAAGAUCAAGACGAGGAACCUGCCUCUUAUUGUGAGGUGUGUGGACGUUGCGAUAGGGAGGAUCGCUUGCUUCUAUGCGAUGGAUGUGAUGCAGGUUAUCAUUGCGAAUGCCUUGACCCUCCACUAGAACACAUCCCUAUUGAAGAAUGGUAUUGUCCAGAGUGUAUUGCGCAAAAUAGACACCAAGAAGAAGUGAGUAGUGAAGCGGAGUCUGAGGUGAUUGAGCGUCGAGCCAGACCUCAUGUUACUCGUGAGCGACCAGCAGCAAGAGCUAUAGGAAGAACUCAUGUUAGUGAGCGAGUCCGAGCUCGGAUAACUCUUGCUAGAGCUGAACGCCAACAAGAUCAGCCGAGUACUUCUGGGUCUAUGGGUACACGACCUUCGACCUCUACAAUAAGAAAGAAACCGGCACCCAGAAAGACAACAAAGAAGAGAAAAAUCAAAAGGAGAAAAGUGACAAAGAGAAAGAAAAAGGUGACAUCAAAAACAUCAACAACAACUGGGAAGAAGGUUGUCAAAAAGCGCAAAGUUAAGCGGAGAAAAAAGAGAAAAUCUAAGAUUGCCGGAAGAGUGACAAAGUCCGCUGGCCCUAAGACCAUCAGAGGUCGUAUUGCUGGUAAACUGAUGCUUGUCAAACCACGUACAGGAAGUAUGAUGCCUGAUAUAAAGGUCAAAGGUCAACAGAGUCUAAACUACCGUAGACAUGAGAUUGGUGCAGCUACGUUGACGAUCACUGGUAGCGAUGACUUACUGGAUCAAGCAUCGGAUGCAUCUACAAGCAAGGCUAAUACCUCAUCAGCUGGUACCCGGACUCCCAAAUUUGUUUCAUCAUCUUCAACGAAUGAUCUACUUGGAAACAUUUUUCAAGGGCAAGAUAUGCUUCAGAUGGAGAGUAAAGAAAUCACUAUCCAUCGAGAUGGAUCUUUGUCUAAGAUUGCACAAGAUUCCCAAGACAAGAAUACAUCAAACCCAAGAAAACUAUCAUCGGAUCAAACAAAAGAAAUGGAUUCUGAUGAACAUAAUGUUGAAGGAGAAACAUCAGUGGGGAAGGAUCGUGAAACGAGACGAGCAUCAAAUGAGCAUCUUGAAGAUGAAGACGCUGAGAAUGUAUCGAAGGAAAUCUCAGGACAUGAGAGUGAAGAUUAUGAAGGAGACGAUAGUGAUGAAGAGGUCGGUGAAGAGGUUGGUGAAGACGUUGGUGAAGACGUUGGUGAAGACGCUGGUGAAGAAGAUGAUGAUACUGGGAUGGAAGAAGAUGAAGAGGACAAAGGAGACGAGAUGGAAGAAAUCUCAGAUGAUGACAAGGUUGCUGGUAAGCACGAUGGAUCCAUCACAUGCCAAGCCUCAAGCAGUAGCUUCGAAGAAUCAGACGAAGAAAAUGUCUUUGAAGACAAGAAGUUGGCGUCAAGAAGAAAGGAUAAAUCCUAUCAUAAUGAGGAAGAAGGUCUUAUUGAUGACAAUCAAGGUAGACAUCAGAAUCGUGGUAGGAGCUCCAAAAGCCAUCGGUCAAGACGAUCACAACGGAAGUCGUCCUUAGAGGAGGGUUUGAUUGAUGAGGAGGGAGAUAAUAAAAUGGACAGGAGAUCAAUUUCGGAGGAGGAAGGAUUGAUUGAAGAUGAGCAAGAGUAUAAGAUUCACUGUAGAAGUAAGAGACGAGCUUUGCAUUCAGAUGAAGAAGGUCUGAUUGCUGAUGAUGAGGAUGUAACGAAAGGAAAACAAGAUUCAGAGAAGAAAAGGGAGACAUCUACAGAGGAUAAACGGCAUCAUGGUCAUUCAUCCGCGGAAGAAGGAGAAGUUAAAACUGAUGAUGAGGAAGGAUCGAGUAGCUCUAAGAAAAAAAAGAAGCAUGAGCACAGGCGUCAACGGAGUAGAAAAGAUACUCGCAUGGUUGUAAUCGAUUCUGAUAUAUCGGUGACGAUUCCUAAAAGACCACUUGCGGAGAUUAAUCAAGGGAGAAAGAAGACUUCCGAGGGGAGAGGGUCGGAUUCACCAACAUCAAGGGAGCGGGAGUUUGAAAGGGGGGAGAGCCAGCGAGCCGAUCAAAGUGUCUUUGGAGAUCUGAGACAUGUGAUUCAAGUUAAACGAGACGUUCCUUUUAAGAGACCAAGUCGUUAUGAUGCGUAUUGGAAUGAACUAGAAAGACAACGGAAAUUGGAGGACCAGAUAGCGGAGAAAGCCGUCGGAUGGGACGGCCAUGGGAUCUACGAGAGACCGUUCCCGUACGAGGAAGAUUGGGGAAGGAUGGUUCUGGAGCCACCGCCACCGGAGCGACAUUGGGAGAACUUUACAAUCCAUCGAGAACGAUCACCGGUAGAGGGCUGGAGGAAAAGUAGUAGCAUGGAGAGAAGGGUUGAAGCAGAGCGGAGGAUCGAUGUCGAACGCCAAAUGGAACAUGAAAGAUUUGAAGCAGAGCGGAAAGCAGAGGUACAAAGAAAACUAGAAUCGGAACGACGGAUCACUGAUAGGAAGCUGGAUGGAAGGAAAGAGUUGAAGAAUGAUCAUCGAGUCGAAGUGACACGUAAUGGCUCCAAGAAAGUUGAGGCUAUAAAGGGGAGAAGUGACCACAAGAGAGAUGUAGAUUCUGUGAAACAGAGACAUAAAAGUGACUUUGAAAAUAAAAGAGAUUCAACUAUUGGAGAUCUCGAUCGGAAGAAGUCAAGCAAGGGAAGUGAAAAUGUGAAACGCAAACAAGAAGACGGUAAGAGAGAGUCGAGACGCAAGGUUGAUUCAAACCGGCCUGAGAAAGAACGUCACAGACACCAGAGGAAUAAAGAGCGAGAAAAAACAGAGAGGGAAAAAGAGCCCAACAUAUCGGACCCAAGUAAACAAAGGGAGGCUAUUCGGUCGGACCCACAACCAAGAAGUAUUUCAUCUUCUAAAUAUUCAAGCAAUAGAGAGAAAGAGAAAGAUAAGCGCAGAGACAAGCAAAACUCACAAACUAAACAGAAAACAGAUCAGGACUUGCCUAGGAAUAAACAAGGACGAGAAGCAUCAAGUGUCAAAGGUCAUACUGCUGUGCAUGGAAAGGAGCGUUCGACGUCACAUGACACUGAGCAUUCUCAUGGCGUGGAGCGAACAUCGUCUCAUAGACAUGAUCGGUCGGUAUCAAGCACUCGACGGGAUCAACAAAGGCAAGAACGUUCAACUUCAAGGCAACAUGAGCGUUUGCAAAAACAUGGUCAAGAUCAUUCUUCACAUUCACAUGUGGAUAAUCGUGUUGAUAAACAUAAACAACAAAGUGACAAAUCAAAAACUAAAGUGAAAACGUCUUCAAAAGCUAGGGGGAAAGAUGGUACAGAUAGAAGCAAGAAUGUUAAAGAGAAUCAGAGAAGGAAGCAAGAUGAUCUCCCGCAAGCGAGCAGUACAAGCGAUGAAGUACUUGCUGUCCCAUUGAAAUCAAAGAAGAAGAUUCGAGCAAGAAGUCCGAGUACGUCUCAAACUGGGGAUGAAUUGGUGACAAACGAACCAACAAUGCAACGUCCAAUCACAGUCCCAGCAACUGAAAUGGUGGUUGACAAGCCGGUGGUUGAAAAACCCAAAAAGAAGAAAAAGGAUAAAGCUAAGAAAGUGAAGAAUAAGACGACUGAAGAUGGGAAAGUUAAGAAGACCAAAAAGACAAAGGCUGGAAAAACCAAAAAGCAAAAAGUUGUUGUUGAAGAAGUGCAGGAGAUUGAGGAAACUGUUCCUGAAGAAGAACACGUCGAAGAGGAACCUCUAGAGGAAAUUCAAGAACAACCGGAAGAAGCCGAACCUGAAAUUGCUGAGAAUAAACGUUCCGCGUCUCCUCUUGCUGAGGAACCUGCCAAAAAAGCACGAAUAGAAGAAGAAACCGAAGAUCAAGACAAACAAGAAAAGACGGAAACUCAAGAAAUCAAAGAACCGGUAGAAAAGAACCCACUUCAUGAGUCAUCGUCAGAUGUUGAGGUUGUUGAUGGACCAACAAGUUUUGAUGAAAUUAUUGACUUGAGCCAAAUCUCUUCGGAUGAUGAAAGUUUACCGUCCCCCUCUGAAAAGUCCAAAGCAAAAGAAAGCACACUUUAUGAUCCUUUUGACCCGACAGCUUCGCCAGAAACCAUUAGCUCUCCAGAUAUUGAUGACAGACAUCCUUCCGAUAAAAAUCACAGAUUUAGAGACAGAAGUCGCUCUCCACAACGGAGAAGUGCCAGAAGUCCUGUAGGAAGAGCGUCAUCUCCAAGACGACGAGUAAGUCCUCGAAGACAGAGAAGUUUCUCUCCAAGAAGGAAAAGUCCUUCCAGACAAACAUGUUCAUCUAAGGAUCGCGGAUAUUCAUCGAGGAAAAGAAGUCCUUCUCCACCGAAACGAAGUCUUCAAAAGCGACGAAGUCUGGAAAGAGUUGUUGCUACUAGAAGGUCGACCUAUUCUCCUCCGAGAUCCCAGAGGAGGCAGUCGCCUAAGAGGCAUCCAUCUCCAAAACGAGCUGCAUCCCCGAGGAAACGUAGCAUUUCCCCACGAAGACAACCUGGAUCGAAACGAGGACGUGCUGAAUCUCCAAGACGCCGUAGUGUUUCACCUCGUAGAAACUCGUCUCCUAAAAGACGAAGAGCAUCUCCAAGGAAAAGCAUCUCACCGAGGAGAAGGAAUGUGUCGCCUCGACGGCGGAGUCGGUCGCCAAAGAAGAGGAGUGUGUCUCCAAGGCGACAAAGAGUCUCUCCUAGGAGGCAGCAGAUGGCUUCCAAGAGACAUAGCAUCUCCCCAAGGAGACAAAGUGCUUCAAGGAAUCAAAGUUCCUCCCCAAGACGACGAGAUGUGUCUCAAAGACGGAAGAGUAUCUCGCCAAGAAAGCAAAUCAGAUCUUCAAGGAGAAGUCUUUCUCCAAAACACGUAUCUCCACAAAGACGAGUUGUCUCCCCAAGAAGGUCCGUCUCUCAAAGACGAAGUGUUUCUUCAAGAAGUUACUCGUCAAGUUCCCGGAGUUCGAGAAGUCCUAGUUCGUCCAGCAGCUGGAGUACCUCAUCUGAUAGUUGGAGUUCUAAGUCUUACAGCCGAAGUCCUUCGCUUAGCAGUCGCAGUCCCUCGCCAAGAGGUAGACGUUACUCCUCACGUGAUCGAAGCUCUUCAUCUGAUCAUUCUAGAAGUAGCUUCUCAUCCGCAAGGAGUUCUUCUCCUUACCGAGGAUCAUCUCCAAGAAGACGAUCACCAUCUCCUAAGAGGUCUCAUCAAGUUCUCCGUCGAAGCCCAACUCAGGCGAGUCCUUCUUACAGACGUCGUGUCGACUCCGAUCGUAGCCCAAUCCCCGCUCCUCAACCUCUCCCAGAUAGCACUCAAGGCUCCUACAAGGUCGUCUCAGCAAGUCCGAGAUCUCCAAAUCAAACGAUGGCUCCAGCGACAAGUACGACAGAUAAUCAUUUAUCAUCGAGCGCGUCCAGUCAGAUCAGCCACAUUCUUGGUCAGCUUGCCAGCAAUCCAGCAAUCCAAUCAGCUCUUAACUCUGCCAAUCGCUCCAACCAGAAAGGUCACGAUGAUUCUGCGUCUUCUUCAAGCUCCAUAUCUGGCUUCUUGAAAUCCAGCGAGGCGUCGUUCUCAUCGCCUCAUGGCCGAGAGGCAAAGACAAAAGGAGACAUGGAUGAAAAAGACAUGAUGAAUCUUGAUGAUGUGAAUGAGGAUAAUAUUGAGUCGUCAGCAGUUGACUUGUAUAACAAGAACUCUAGGGAUAGGUACUUGAAGAAGCUCCAGCACCAGGAACGAGUCGUGGAGGAAGUCAAGCUCGCUUUGAAGCCGUAUUAUCAGAAGAGAGAAGUCAGUAAAGAUGAUUAUAAAGAAAUACUCCGCAAAUCUGUUAAUCAGGUUUGCCACAGCAAGAGCGGAGAAAUCAACCCAGUCAAGAUCAAGAAACUCAUCGAAGGUUACAUCAAGAAGUUCAAAUGCAAGAAAAAAGACGACAAGAAAGAUACUAGGCCUGACCUCACUACUAGACUCUUAGCUAAAAGCUAAAGGUCAAAAGCUAAAGGUCAAAGGGUAAAGGUCAUGGGUUCUUUAAGUGUCAUCGUCAGGCCUGUAUGCUACGUUUUUGAAAGGGCAAGGGCACCAAG